AUGAUUGGCAAAUCUGGCGGUGCUUACACUUACCUUCGUAUGGGCUUGGGGAAUCAAGUGGCGUUUUUCCAUGCGCUAUUUACUGUAUGCGUCAGGGCACCUGCAACUCUGGUUGUAAUGCUGCUCACCUUCUCCAAGUACCUGGUCACCCUCUUCCCCACCUGUGGCACAUCUGUUUACCUGGAGAAACUCAUCACAGCCACUGUGCUAGUAACGCUGGUCCUGAUCAACGGCUACAGCACGCGUCAAGCCACAAACGUGACUGUGCUGACGACGGUGUGUAAAGUGGCGACACUUCUGAUCAUCAUUGUUGGUGGCGUCGUGGUCAUGUGUCAAGGCACCACGAGUGAGCUGGGAACCGCCUUCUCUGGAACCUCCACUGACCCCUCGUCUUUAGCCAUGGCACUGUACAGUGCUCUGUGGGCUACCAGAGGAGGGGAAGAUCUUAAUAUGGUGGCAGAGGAGGUCAAGAAUCCGGCAAGAAACAUUCCUUUGGCCGCCAUAUUGGGCAUCCUUGUGGUCAUCGUGGUCUACACACUGACCAACGUCUCCUAUCUGGCCGUCAUGACCAAAGAUGAAAUGUUAAAUGCCGAGGCAGUCGCUGUGGUUUUUGGCAAUCGAGUUCUUGGCACAGCUGCAAUAGUUAUUCCCCUUGCUGUUAUGGUGGCAAUUUUGGGGUCAGCUAACAACAAAAUGUUUUGCGGCAACAGGUUGAUUUACACCGCUGCCCGGGACAAAAACUUCCCAGAAUUUUUCAGCUACAUCCAGAUCGAUCAGCUGACGCCACUUACAGCCAUGAUGCUGACGCUUUAA